CCCUUCCCGGCGCCCACCAGUCCUCGCCCUCGCCGCUGCGCUCUCGCUGCCGCCCGCCGUGCCGCCUGCGCACGUGUUUGUGCUCCGCCUGCGCGCCGCCGCACACUUUCCGCGCCGCCGCGCGCCUCCACCGGCCCCUGCGAUCCGCGGCCGCGUGUGUGUCCGCUGCGCACUUCUGCGUCGCAACCACCACCUCUGCCGCCGCGCCCCCCAGCCGCCCUCGUGCUGCGCUCGCCCACACACGCUCCUCACUGCGCGCCAGCUCACGCGACUGCGGCCAGUGGCCUGCCGGCCUAGCUCUGCGCCCGCGCGGCCCGUCCGCUCCCGCACCGCGCCCUCGCGGCGCCGCUGCGCCCCGCCGCCGCCAUGGUCGUGUCGAAGAAGAAGGUCGCGAGCCCGCCGCUGAAGCGCAGCGAGCCCAAGGGCCUGGCCAAGAUCUGGGCCACGCUGCGUGCCAUCCAGCUCGACCCCAGCGUGGCGUUCCAGAAGAAGCGCCCGCCGCCAUGCCCGCGCAGCGUCUACUUCAACGAGCCGCUGCCCGCCGAGGCCUUUGACAAGAAGGGCAAGCCGCUGCAGGGCAAGAACGGCACGCACAACUGGACGUAUGCCGCGAACCAGGUGCUCACUGCAAAAUACACCAUCUUCAACUUUAUCUUCAAGAACUUGCUUGAACAGUUCCGCCGCGUGGCGAACCUCUUCUUCCUGCUGCUCGUGAUCCUGCAGUUCUUCCCGAAGUUCGCCACGAUCAACCCCGGCCUGGCCAUGCUGCCGCUGAUCGCCGUGCUGGGCAUCACGGCCAUCAAGGACGGCUACGAAGACGUGAAGCGCCACCAGUCAGACCGCGCCAUCAACCGUCAGCGCGUGCGCGUGCUGCGCGGCGGCGGAUGGACUAACCCCAACGUCAUGGAGCCCAAGGCGCGCUCCUUCUCGUCGACCUUCCGCGCCAUCUACGACCAGUACCUCGGCGGCAAGCGCCGCCAGAGCAAGCACAUUGCCGGCGAGCUGCCGGCCAACAUCGACGGCCCCACCGGCCAGGUGCCGCAGCCAGCGCCCGUCGAUGCUCCCGGCGGCGGCUCGGCGCCGCAGCCGCUCGAGGGCGCCGCCGACUCGUCGGCGGACCUCAACGGCCAGCCCGCGGGCCACGGCCUGAACCGCGGCAUGACGUCGACGAGCUCGCUCGGCCUGUCUGGCUCGCACGGCAUCCGCCGCCAGGCCUCGGGCGUGUCGCAGUUCAGCACCGAGUACGAGACGGACCCCGAGGGCCGCGUGCGCCACCGCGGCCGCCUGCUCUCCGAGGAGGAGACGUCGCGCUUCUACGCCAAGAAGGCGGCGCGCUGGAAGAAGACGAUCUGGGAGGACCUGGCGGUGGGUGACUUUGUGCUGCUGAAGAACAACGAGGCGAUUCCGGCGGACAUUGUCGUGUGCGCGACGUCCGAGGAGGAGGACAGCUGCUUCAUCGAGACGAAGAACCUCGACGGCGAGACGAACCUCAAGUCGCGGCACGCCGUGCCCGAGCUGGCGCAGACGCUGCGCACGGCGCAGGACUGCUCGCGCGCGCUGAUCCGCGUCGACGGCGAGCCGCUGGACACGAACAUGUACCGCCUCAACGCCUCCGUCGUGCUGGGCGACCGCUUCGACCGCGACGGCCAGCCGCUGCGCUGCCCCGUCACGCUCAACCAGUGCCUGCUGCGCGGCUGCAACCUGCGCAACACGGCCUGGGUCAUCGGCCUCGUGCUCAUGACGGGCGCCGACACGAAGAUCAUCGCCAACUCGGGCAACACGCCGUCGAAGCGCGGCAAGGUCGAGAAGCAGAUGAACCCGAUGGUCUACGUCAACCUGCUCAUCCUCGCCGCCAUGGCCGUCGGCUGCGCCAUCGCCGACGCGCGCAUCGAGCACUACUACUUCGAUCGCGCCGCGUACUGGGAGUACCUGGCCAUCUUCGGCGACGACAAUCCGGACAUCAACGGCCUGGUCACGUUCGGCAACGCGCUGAUCACGUUCCAGAACAUCGUGCCGAUCUCGCUGUACAUCUCCAUCGAGGUGGUGCGCACCGUGCAGGCGUAUCUCAUCUUCGACGACUACGACAUCUUCUACGAGAAGACGAUGCGGCGCACGACGGCGCGCUCGUGGAACCUCUCCGACGAUCUCGGCCAGAUCAAGUACAUCUUCUCCGACAAGACGGGCACGCUGACGCAGAACCUGAUGAUCUUCCGCGAGCUGGCCGUCGGCGGCAUCGCCUACCACGGCGACUCGCCGUCGGCGUCGUCGGACGAGCUGGGCGAGAAGGAGCGCAACGAGUACAAGGCCGGCGCGUCGAGCGAGUCGGGCUCGUCCGACAACAAGCACGACCCGCAGCGCAAGCGCGUCAAGCCGAGCAACGAGGACGUGGCGCCGUUCAGCGACGCGCGGCUCAAGGCCGCGCUGCGCAACCCCGAGGACGAGCACGCCAAGCUGCAGGGCUGGUUCUGGCGCUGCCUGGCGCUCUGCCACACGGUGCUCAGCUCGGAAAACAAGGAGACGGGCAUGCUGGAGUACAAGGCGCAGAGUCCCGACGAGCAGGCGCUCGUGCAGGCCGCCGCCGAGGUGGGCUUCACGUUCUGCGGCAAGGACCGCAACACGCUGCGCAUCCAGACGCCGUGGUCGACCGAGUACGAGCAGUACGAGCUGCUCACCGUGCUCGAGUUCACGUCGGCGCGCAAGCGCAUGAGCGUGAUCCUGCGCCGCCACUCGGACGACCAGAUCAUCCUCUUCAGCAAGGGUGCCGACAGCGUCAUCUUUGAGCGCUCGGCCGCUGGGCAAGAGCAGCUCAAGGCCGAGACGGACGAGGCGCUCGAGGAGUUCGCCAACAAGGGCCUGCGCACGCUGUGCCUCGGCUGCCGCGAGGUCGAGAGCAAGUACUACGAGGAGUGGGCGCACCGCUACCACGAAGCGUCCGUCUCGCUCGAGGCGCGCGAGGAGCGCAUGGAGGUGCUCGCGUCGGAGCUCGAGCGCGAGCUGACGCUGCUCGGCGCCACCGCCAUCGAGGACCGGCUGCAGGAGGGCGUGCCUGAGACGAUUGCCGACCUGAAGCGCGCCGGCAUCAACGUCUGGGUGGCCACGGGCGACAAGCUCGAGACCGCCAUUGCCAUUGGCUACAGCACGAUGCUGCUGUCGAAGGACAUGAACCUGAUCGUCGUGCGCGGCGGCGAGUAUGGCCAGCCGAACUCGGCCUACAACCAGCUGCGCACGGCCGUCGAGCGCUUCUUCGGCGGCCACGAGGCGCUGGAGCGCAUGGAGCACCAGCCGCCGGACGAGGAUCUGGAGGAGGGUCGUCCGUCGCAGUCGGGCCACCGGCCCUCGGCACAGGCGCGGCGCAGCACCGCCAGUGCCGCCUCACUCGUCGGCGAGGACAACGGCGAGCGCUCCGGCGGCUUUGCGCUGGUCAUCGACGGUGCGGCGCUCGGCCACGCGCUUUCGGAGGACUUCAGCAAGGACCUGCUGCUCGACAUCUCGACGCAGUGCAAGGCCGUCAUCUGCUGCCGUGUCUCGCCGCUGCAGAAGGCGCUCAUCGUGCGCCUGAUCAAGGAUGGCCUCGGCGUCAUGACCCUUGCAAUCGGCGACGGUGCGAACGACGUCUCCAUGAUCCAGGCUGCGCACGUUGGCAUCGGCAUCGCCGGCGAGGAAGGCCUGCAGGCCGUCAACUCGUCCGACUACGCGAUCGCGCAGUUCCGCUUCCUCAAGCGCCUGUUGCUCGUGCACGGCCACUGGUCAUACUACCGCAACAGCACCAUGAUCCUCAACUUCUUUUACAAGCAGAUCAUCAGCAUCGGCUACCUCUUCUGGUUCCAGAUCUACUGCGCCUGGUCCACCACCCAGGCCAUCGACUACGUCUACCUGCUCUUCUGGAACGCAUUCUGGACCGUGGCGCUCGUCAUUGCCAUCGGCAUCUUCGACCGGCCCAUCUCGGACCGCGUGCUGAUGGAGGUGCCCGAGCUGUACCGGCGCUCGCGCGAGGGCCGCUACUUCGGCCUGCGCCCCUUCCUCUGGUUCAUGCUCGACGGCCUCUACCAGGCGACGGUGCUAUACUUCUUCCUCUGCUACACGUACGACACGACGACGGCGCGCAGCGACGGCUACGACAUUCAGCUGUACGAGUGGACAACGACGAUGGCCAUCGCCUCGGUCAUGGCGGCGAACCUGUGGACCGCCAUGUGGGCGAACGCCUGGACGUGGUGGCUCUUCGCCGGGUUCUGGCUCGGACCGGUGCUCAUCUUCGUCUUUGCGCCGAUCUACGCGGCCUUUAGCCCCAACACGAUCUGGACCUACUCGUACGGCAACAACAGCUUCCUCUAUCCCUCGGCCGCGUUCUGGUUCGGCGGCAUUCUGUGCGUCUGGCUGUGCGUCGCCCCGCGGCUGCUGCUGCGGCAUGUGCGCGAGACGUACUACCCGCGCGACCUCAACAUCCUGCGCUGGGUCGACAAGCAAGAUCCGCACCACGACUACAUCCACGACCCCGCCAUGCCCGCCGCGCGUGCGGCGCGCGAGUACGGCGUGGCGCUGCCGGCAGCGGCACACCACGGCGACGAGGCGAUGCGCUCGCAGACACGCAGCUCCGAUGGCCACGCCCUCAUGCCGCCGGACCGCGAGUCCGCCUUCGCGAUGCAUGCUCUGCAGCCGACGGCCAGCCGUGCGAGCAGCACGCAGCACGACAUGCUCACGGGCGAGUCGCGCCCCGUGCGCGGCUACAGCUUUGCGGGCGAGGACGAGUCGGCGAACCAGGCACGCCGCUCGCGGCGGCGUCUCUCGCUCAAGCAGCGCCUCAUGCCCGCCUCGAUGCUGCGCCGCGCCGAGCAAAAGCGCAUGAGCACCAUAGCCGCGCGCGAGGAGGAGGCCGAGGCCGACGAGGCCGACGAGGCGCGCCGCCGCAACAGCGUCCUGGCCGGGCCCGGCGUCGAGGAGGACGAUGAUGACGACGACGAAGAGCGCGAGCGCGCCGCCCAGCAGCCGGCUCGGUAGUGCUCGCCGUCGUCUCCCUGCCUCCCGUAGAUAGUCUCCUUUCCUGCUUCGCGCGAGCGUCUCCUCGGCAUUUACCCCCGCGCGCAUGCCCCAUCCACUCUCUUUAUAAUCUCUUCGACUUCUCCCGCCGCUCUCCCUCGCUGUGCAUAUUUCCGAGAGCUCUUCGCCCCGCAAUGCGCAUGAUGAAUCUUGAAC